AUGGCUCCGUCCGCUCCCCUCAGCACGGCGAAGCUCGCCUUUAUCGGCGGCGGCAACAUGGCCGGUGCCAUCAUUGGUGGUCUCCUGGCCGGCGGUGUCGACACGGCCAACAUCUCCGUGUCCGAGCCCUGGGACGUCAACCGCGGCAAGAUGGCGGCGCUCGGCGUGCACACGACCACGUCCAACGGCGAGGUGGCUGCGUGGGCCGACCUCGUGGUGAUCUCGGUCAAGCCGCAGGUCACGGAGACCGCGUGCAAGGACUUGGCCGCGGCCUGGAAGGAGCUUGGCGCGGACAAGAAACUGCCCCUCGUGGUCUCCAUCGCCGCGGGCAUCACAAUUGACAGCCUGCGCGCAUGGACGACAACGGCCGCGGGCCGCGUGCCGCACGUGGUGCGCGUCAUGCCCAACACGCCGGCGCUGGUGGGCGAGGGCGCGUCAGGUGUGUACGCAGGCGACGACAUCACGGACGAGGAGCGCGAGCUGGUGACGCAGAUGCUGUCGAGCGUCAGCAAGGCCACGGAGUGGGUGGCCCGCGAGGACCUGCUGGAUGUCGUGACGGGCCUGUCCGGCAGCGGCCCUGCGUACUUUUUCGCCAUGGUGGAGCACCUGAUUACGAGUGCGACGGCGCUGGGUCUGCCGGUGGACCAGGCGAGCCGGCUGGCGAAGCAGACGUGCCUGGGGGCGGGCAAGAUGCUGGUGCAGUCGAGCGACGAGCCGGGGCAGCUGCGCAAGAACGUGACGAGCCCCAAUGGCACGACGCACGCGGCGCUGGUGAGCUUUGAGGAGAGCGGGUUCGAGGCGAUUGUCAACAAGGCGGUCGACGCGGCCACGAAGCGGUCGGUGGAGCUGGGCAAGAAAUAG